CCUUCGCUAACUUGAAACAGAGGACAGCAUCUCGGAGAAAGGGAUUAGCAGUUGUUCCUCCUAUGGCGACAACCGCAAGGCGGCCUCCUCCUCCUCCAGCCUCGGCAGCGGCCGCGGUUUCGAUCUCAUCAAUUCCGUCAAUUCUCAAAGCAUAUUCAAUUCCUCUUAUUCUCUUUGGUAUCGCGCUCUUUUUCCAGCUCGUCGUCACCCCUCGCUCCUUUCCUCCUUCUCAUUACGAUGUUUUGGGUGUAAAGAAGUAUGCUUCAGUUGAAGAAGUCACUCAGGCUUACGAGAAGCUCACUUCCACAUGGGAUUCAGGUGUUCCAGUUCCUUCUGUGUUCGAUGCUGUUAAGGUGCAAUAUGCUUUUGAGCUGCUGACGAAUGAAUUAUGGAAGAGAGAUUAUGACAAUUUUGGGAUUGAUGAACAAUCUCAUGUGAUUAACCCGGCCACUGAGCAGUAUGCUGGGGCUACUGUUUCUGAAAUUAAAAGUCCAUUGAUGGAGCCCAAUUCUUUUGAUCUUGCUGAGCAUACUUUCAAUGUCAUUAACUCUGAAAAUUUUCUGUCCCAGUUUGAUAGCACAAAAGCAUGGCUCAUCCAGGUUUUCUCAUUUGGGAGCAACCGCUGUGCGAAUUUUUCUAACAACUGGAAACACAUUGUUACUUUGCUUGAUGGGGUUGCAAAUUCCGGAAUGGUCGAACUUGGUGAUGUCCGUCUUGCUGCAUACUUAGCUGAGAAAAAGCCAAGUGGACAUCCUUUCUUUAAAAAUGGUCUUCCCACACUUCUGGCCUUUCCCCCUGGCUGCAGCAGUUCCCGUUGUCUUCAUAGGUAUGGUGGACAACUCUCUGUUGAUGCAAUUACUGAUUGGUUGGCGACAUCAAUUCUAGGUUUGCCACGGAUUUUGUACUACUCUAAGGAGUCAAUGGUACAAAAUUUUCUUGCUAAAACUAAGCCUCAUAAGGUUAGAGUUAUCUUCUUCUCAAGAUCAGGAGAACGAGCCACCCCGUUUAUCCGUCAAGCUGCUAAAUAUUAUUGGACCUAUGCUGCUUUUGCAUUUGCUCGAUGGGAUGAAGGCGAUUCUUCUUUCUGGUGGAACAUGUUUGGGGUUGAAUCUGCUCCAGCCAUUGUAAUACUUAAAGAUCCUGGUGUCAAACCCACUAUUUACUAUGGAUCAAUCAACAAUUCGAUGUUUAUAGAUAUCAUGGAGAAUAACAAAUAUCAUGUGCUUCCCCAGCUAAGGAGUGUCACUUCAAUGGAGUUGGGUUGUGAUGCUCGAGGUUACUCUCGUGCUGGAAGUGAGAUGAGGAUUUGGUAUUGUGUCAUCCUUGCUGGAAGGCUGAGCCAAGAACUAAAUAAAAUGCGUGAAACCAUUCGCAGGGUACAAGAGACACUGAACAAUAAUGGUGGUGAGUUGAACACUCUUGAUCAAGAUUCUCUGUCUACACCAGCAGCUCUUGCUGUGAAACAAAAGCGAUUGACGUUUACCUGGCUUGACGGGGAGGCACAGCAAAAAUAUUGUUUCUUCCAUGUAAAUUCUGAAGACAGCUAUGAAACUUGUGGAACAAGAAGGGCUAUGAUAGAUGUACCGCGUUUGCUAAUUGUACGAUAUGAGCGGAAUGAAACAGAGGAUGAAGUGAAAAUUGAAAGGCAGCCAAGAAACAUGUUUGAGGCAUUGCAUCACAGUGAACCAGAUCCUGCAUCUCAACUAGUGGCAAAGUACAAUGGUCCAGAUGAAAGUACAGAGAUCAUAAGUUGGAUUUCCAGGACAAUAGAAGAUGGAGACUCCAGAAAUCUCCCUCCUUUUAGAACACAAUGUCCUGAGCUGGUUCCUGAGGAUUCAGAUCCCUUAUGGCAAGCAGGUUCUGAGAAAAUUAUUUCUUCGAGCAAGGACUUGAAGUAUAAGAUCACUUCCUUCAUAAAUCAAAUGCAUAACCAAUUAGGUGAUCCAAGGAUUGGACCAGUUUUACUUUUGGUGGCAUUGAUGUUGUGUGGGCGCACCUGGCUGCAGAGAAGCCAACCAACUCCGAAGAAUGAGCCAAACACUUCAAAUGAAUCGAGUGAUAAGGAUAAGGUUAGGCAAAAUCGCGAGACUCGUCCAAGAAAUAACCCUACUCGUCCAAGAAACGACCUUAUUCCUCCUUCAGUCACUGAUGUGGAACCUAAGGAUGCUCAACAAGUGCAAUUUUCAGGCUCAGAUUCAGACAAUUAGGAAAACGUAGCUAGCAUUUAAAUUCAAAGAAGUAAGGAGAACUUUUUGGCCACACUUUCUGUAAACUAAUUUUGAGUCCACUUUUCAGUUAAUAGUCAAUAUUUCUUCUUCCAACCCGGGGAUCAUAGGUUUCAUCCAUUUUUGAGUUUUCUCAAUCCCAUAAAUCAGUAAUGACUUGUUAAGGUUUUUAAA